GUUCCAUUUGAUGCCAUUCUGAUAGUCAUGAAUAUUGAAGGUUAUAUUAUAUCAGGUUAUAUUACAAAAUGCUGUUCGCAGAAUGACAGAUACCAUAAACCUGUACAUAUUUUCCCCCGCAGUGUUUCAUGUCCCUCUGAAGGUACACGGCAGCUGUGAGAAGCCACAAGAGUCCUCCCUCAUCAGUCUCUCCCCCAGUACCUGUCCUCAGUGCAGCGAAGGGUUAAAUCACUCACGUCAUAAGUUCAUUGUGUAUUCAUGACAUACAAUCUGGGCUCUCUCGUCAGGUUCGAUGGCUGGAUGAAACUAGCUGUGUUCGUUGAUCACAGCUGACGGGUCAACAGCAGAGAGGGGAUGGAGGGAGGAGUGAACGACAGACGGGAAAUGAAUCGCAAGCUGCAGGAGAAUAGGUUGUCAGCAUCCAGAGCUCCAAGGUCUGACUCUCAUUAAAGCGUCUGUGCGUCUCUCUCACCUCCAGGAUGGAGGGGCUGCUGCGGCUGAGUCUACCCGGAGCUUGAGGAGCCUUCCUGGGCUUCGUCUGCGUCAUCUUCCCCCUGUCUCUCUCUGACCUGGUCCCCCUAUACUCAUCCAUCACUCGACCUCUGCAGUACAAGAGAGCAUCUGGACCCACACGACACCUUCCCCUAAUCCCCCACACUGAGUUGCCAGGGCAACCAUGGACGGACUACGCCUGCCACCGGUCAUCGAGGAGGUCAUGGACCCUGCAGAUGACAUAUGUGACCUGAAGGUGGAGAGGCCUGGCAUUGUGGACAUGCUGACGGCCAAAGAGAGGGAGACCCUGGAGGAGAACGAUGAGAAGGAGGAGAAAGGGAAGGAGGUGGAGGUGGGGAACGGAGAGAAGGGCCAGCAGGAGGACCAGGGAGAGGAGAAGGAGGUGAAAGUGGAGGAAGAGGAGGUGGAAGGAGGAAUGUUAGAGGAAGAUGACUUGGAGGAGUUGAAGUCCCAGGUGUUGCAGCUGGUGUUGGAGCUGGAGGAGGCCAGGGAGGUGUCUCAACAACAUGAAGAGAGCUUCAUGGAGAUCCAGGGUCUGUUGGAAGAUGAGCGUCUGGCUAGUGCUCACCAGGCAGAGAGCUUUACCAGACAGAUCCAGAGACUGCAAGCUCAGCUGCGUUCAGUCCAGGAGGAGAUGGACUCUCUGGAGGAGGAGAAGGAGAGUGAGAUGGGGGAGGUGCAGGAGGAGCUGAGGUCUGCCCAGGAGGAGGUGCUGGUUCUGCAGCAGGCGGGGGAGGAGGCAGCAGCGGAGAGGGAGAACGACAUCGCCUCCCUGCAGGAGGAGCUGUGUCGUCUGAGGGCCGAGCUGCAGCGUCUCCGUACCACGGCCCAAGAGUACGAGCAGGAGAUCACCACCCUGCGGGCUGAAAUCAGUAUGAAGAGCAUGAGGAGGGAGGGAGAGACUGACGGUGAGGUAAGCCAGCUGACGGCGGAGUGUCAUGCGAUUUCAGACGAGUGUCAGACCCUGAAGGACGAAAACAAACAGCUGAGCCACAAACUGCAGCAGCUACAGCAGCAGCGAGCCGGCUCCAAUGAUUUCUAUCUGGCCUUGAGAGGGGAGGGGGACGAAGACCAGAAGGAUGAGGGUGUUGGGCAGGAUGAGGAAUCAGUGAAAGCUGGAGGCUACAUGACCCUGUCCCAGACCCAGGGUGGGCAGACCCAGGGUGGGCAGACCCAGACUGGUCAAGGUGGGCGCUUGGUGGAUGCCUCCAUCCAGAAGAAUAUCUCAUUUGAUGGCAAGCCCAUCACCAAUUGGAACGGGGGACCCUCUGAAGUCUUCUCCCUACGAGACCAGCUCAAACUGACUGAGGAGAGGUCCUCGCAAGUACAGAGACAAUGUGAAGGGUUGAAGGGGGAGCUUGCGGAACUUCAGGGGCUGUUUGACUGCAGCCGGAAGGAGAGGGCGGAGCUGGAGCAGGAACUCCGUCACUGCAGGGUGGAGCUAGAGAGGCUGGGCGGCAGGAAGUCACAGAACUGCACUCCUCCGUCUGAGCCCCCUGUUCUCUCCAUCCCCUUCAUAGGAAUGAUUGUAAUAAUGGCCCUGAUAUGGUGCUGGUGGGAGGAGCUGGCGUCCUAGAGGGGACCAGGAGAGCGAGGGAGGCUGGAACCUGGUGGCAGUGGUUGCCGUGGCAGCGCUUGUAGUCCUGAUAGUCCCCAGCCUUUCCAGAGCGUUUACCUGAGGACUACACAGAACGGAAGUCACUGUACAAGAAAUGACUGUGCUGGUUUCCCCUGGCAACAUGGGCAAUGCCAUGCCCCUAUCUCAUGAUGCCCUUGUCAAGUCUCCUCCUCGCUUCAUCUUCCAAGGAGGACUGCAUUGACAACUGACAUUUUCACCAGGAAAUACAACACAACAAGGAAGUAGUCUCAAGGAGAAAUACAUAUACCUGUUUAAGCCACUCUAAAGAUAAGGACGGCAAUAUCUUGUUUCUCUCUUUAAAGUCCUACAGUUUGACUCAAUCGGUUUCCCUAUAACAGGGACUGCCUCCGAGUUUGUGGCAGUACGGUGUCUGCAUGGGUGUCAAUGGAAAGACACAAUUUAGCACAGAACAUGUCUGCGCAUUUAUUGAUUGAUCGGAUGAUGGUUUAUUAUUUGAUUGGUUGAUGGUUGAUUGGUUUAUUAUUUGAUUGGUUGAUGGUUGAUUGGUUUAUUAUUUGAUUGGUUGAUGGUUGAUUGGUUUAUUGACAACCUGUAAAGGUUGAAUUGGGAAAAGCUCAUGCACAUAUUGAGUCACUGAUGAGAUUUUUCUCUUUCCAAUGGGCAUGUGAUCUUUCCCCAGAACCUACCCCUCCUUUUGAAUCACUUUGAACAUUGCCACUGCAAUUGUCUCUGCUACACCUGUAACACCUGUCCUUCUGUUUAUGUUGUGGCAUGCUCUUUUUACGUUUUAAAUUAAGAUGUGUGGAGGAGGGUUUGAUUAUAUGAGUUUGUUGUAUUGGAUGUCUGUCUCCUUUGUAAAUGGUUCUCUCUCUCUCUCGUCUGCAUGUCUCUCUGUCUCUCUCUCUCUCUCUCUCUCUCUCUCUCUCUCUCUCUCUCUCUCUCUGUCUCUCUGUCUCUCUGUCUCUCUGUCUCUCUGUCUCUCUCUCUCUCUCUCUCUCUCUCUCUCUCUCUCUCUCUGUCUCUCUCUCUCUCUCUCUCUGUCUCUCUGUCUCUCUCUCUCUCUCUCUCUCUCUGUCUCUCUCUCUCUCUCUCUCUCUGUCUCUCUCUCUCUCUCUCUCUCUCUGUCUCUGUCUCUCUGUCUCUCUGUCUCUCUGUCUCUCUCUCUCUCUCUCUCUCUCUGUCUCUCUCUCUCUCUCUCUCUCUCUCUCUCUCUGUCUCUCUGUCUCUCUGUCUCUCUCUCUCUCUCUCUCUCUCUCUCUCUCUCUCUCUCUCUCUCUCUCUCUCUCUGUCUCUCUGUCUCUCUGUCUCUCUCUCUCUCUCUCUCUCUCUCUCUCUCUCUCUGUCUCUCUCUCUCUCUCUCUCUCUCUCUCUCUCUGUCUCUCUGUCUCUCUGUCUCUCUCUCUCUCUCUCUCUCUCUCUCUCUCUCUCUCUGUCUCUCUCUCUCUCUCUCUCUCUCUCUCUCUCUCUCUCUCUCUCUCUCUCUCUCUCUCUCUCUCUCUCUCUCUGUCUCUCUCUCUCUCUCUCUCUCUCUCUCUCUCUCUCUCUCUCUCUCUCUCUCUCUCUCUCUGUCUCUCUGUCUCUCUCUCUCUCUCUCUCUCUCUCUCUCUCUCUCUCUCUCUCUGUCUCUCUCUCUCUCUCUCUCUCUCUCUCUCUCUCUCUCUCUCUCUGUCUCUCUCUCUCUCUCUCUCUCUCUGUCUCUCUCUCUCUGUCUCUCUGUCUCUCUCUCUCUCUCUCUCUCUCUGUCUCUCUCUCUCUGUCUCUCUCUCUCUCUCUGUCUCUCUCUCUCUCUCUCUCUCUCUCUCUCUCUCUCUCUCUCUCUCUGUCUCUCUGUCUCUCUCUCUCUCUCUCUCUCUCUCUCUCUCUCUCUCUGUCUCUCUCUCUCUCUCUCUCUCUCUCUCUCUCUCUCUCUCUCUCUCUCUCUCUCUCUCUCUCUCUCUCUCUCUCUCUCUCUCUCUGUCUCCUUACAAUUGGUUAUAUUUUGUAUGUGAAUGGAACCACAACGACUAUACACAUCUAUACAGACAAACAAUACUAUCAUAAAUGCAACUUGGUGUGUUCAAUUUGACAGUCCAAAUGAUUUCCAGUUAGAUGUUUAUUUUUGUAGCCAUAGGAACAAUUUAUCCCCAAGACUGAGGAGUUAUUUAAUGACUGAUUCCACUGUGUUUGGUUCUGCUUAGAAACAGAACUUAACAAGGCUUGUUAUUUGAAACAGAGAGUUAUUUUCGUAAAUAGACAUUGUGUUUAAAUGUUUUGCAUUAUUUUUUAUAUUAUAAUCGUGACAAGCGUUCUGAAAAAUGACAAACAAUCAACAUAGGUCACCAAAAUGAAAAGUGGAGCCAGUGAUGAAAUAUGGACCAUUGUUUUCUAGGAUGUGCAUUUUGGGGUUCCUCUUACCGAGUCUUUUCGUCUUGUACUGUUUGCGUUCUUACUCUCUGAUAUCUAUAUUCUCUAACGAUGAUUCCCUUUUCUUUGUUGGCACGAAGCACACUGUUUAUUCACAGGUUCUCCAACUGCAACUUGCCUGCAAUGCAUGGGACCUUUUCAGUGUCAUUGCUGUAAGCUUGACACAACACAUUCCAAUGAUAGAUUGACUUAACAACAACCGCGAUGUGACACUGUUGUCAUGGAGAAGACGUCUAAACCUUUACGGAGUGCACCGAGAGUACUUUUUGGUUCUUACUCUACCUUUUGGCAUGACUUAGCUACCGUGGAAAUACAUAGCAACAACAAAUCCUUUCAACUCCUUUAUGUUAACGGUGGAGCAAAAUGUCAGAAAUGCGCUUUGCGUUGAGUGAGAACGGUGGUGUUAUUUUAGAGCUGUCGGAGUUAAAUGGUCUUUGUCCGAGAACACACCGCGACUAUGACUGAGAGAGCAAUCUGACAUAAGUGUUUUCUUUUCGAGAGGAUCGUUUGUGAGAAACGUGUACAGAAUGCAGUAAGCGUUAUAGCUGGCGCCUGAAUUUGUAGUGUGCUGUCAUGACUGACAGUUAGUUGGCUUGUUUCAUAGAUGUAUGUAGGCGAGCUAAUCAGCUAACAUUCUGUGGGUGUGUAGGUGACAAGACACUGAAAGCGUGCUUAGCCAUUAUUCCUCUGUAUUCCAGUAUCCUAUUGUAGAGUAAUAGCGUUAUAAAUAUGUAUAGGUAAUUAGUGCUUCUAAUUUAUGCUAAGAAUCAAUUCAUUACGACUGUAAGUAUAUGCUAUUAGUUUCAAUACGUGAUUCAUAAUCACAAAUGUAUGAUAGGCAAUUAGACACUGAGGUGACCUGAAAAACAUGAAUGCUUAUAGGCUAUGUAUAGAAUAUUUUUUUCCCCACAGUGCAAAUACAAUAUAAGAACUCAUUGGUAGGUAAAUGCUUGCUACAGUGUAUGUAAAAACAAUAUCUGUAGUUGUGGACCAACAUGUGUUUUUUUUGUAUUGUAUUGUAAAUAGGAAAUAGUUUAGCACAGUUAAAUAACAUGGUUUGUUGAUUUGAGAGCAGUUCUAGAUUGAGUAGAGGGUUCUUUUUGAAUUGGCUGAACACAGCCAGUGCAUGAAUAGUGUACAUGUGUAUGAGACCGUAACAUGUUUAGAUAUUGCAUGUUCGACUUAACUUGCAUCCCUAUAGAUGGGUAGAUCUAGUUCCUGUAGUCACAGUCAUUUCAGCCAAUCCAGUAUGACCUUAUUAAUGCAUGACUAAUCAGAAUCAUUUGUGAUUUUUUCUCUCUCUCACUAUGUCAGUCUCUCUUCGUUGAUGUACUACUUUACUGGGUUGUCACUAUUAAUAUUUUCACUUUGGUUUCAUACAGUCUAUUCUAUUCUAUUGUACUCUACUUUAUUCUACUUUUCUUCUUCAAUUGUCUGGUCUCUACAGUGUGUAUAGAUUUAUGUGGUAUAUAUCUUCUCUGCUGUGCUUCAAAUACUGUAAAUUCCACUGACUGUGUAUUUUCUUCUUACCCAGCUUCAAUUCCAGCAUGGAAGCUUAAACAAUAAGGGAGAGACACAUUACAGAAACUAUUCUACAUGUCAAAACAACCUGUGCUCUUAACUAGAAACUAGCUGAUGGUCACUGUAUGUGAUGAUGUGAAGUUUGACCUUUGAACUUGUGUAAAGCUGCUGCUCAUUCUGUAUGUCUCUCUGUCUGGGUCUGUGUGACAUGGCUACUGUCAAUGUCUGUUUUAUGCGGCGCUGAAUCUGAUUUAGCCAUAGUCUCUACUACAACACCUUGCCAGUCAAUGUCUCUAUGAGCUUUUAUGGGUUAAUGAGAAUAUUGUGAGUAUUUGGGUAAAUAGGCUGUACAUUUUGUAAAUGAACUGAGAAAUAAAAGUAGUUUAUCCUUA